AUUCAUGUGCACCACCAGUCACUUCUUAAACCAACGCCCUCCAUCUCUCUCUCUCAGACCGACUAUGACACAUCCAAGCCAGCAAUCAUUUAUUUAGCUUGCGCUGGAUUACUGAGUUGCGGAAAGUGUUGGUGGUGGUUCACGGUGGUCCACACCAUUUCCAUGGCUAUCUCCGACAAUUCCCAAACCGAAACUCCGCUGCUGCAGGAUACGGUGGAUGGUACCGUCGAUUUCAAGGGCCGGCCAGCACUCCGAUCUUACUCCGGUGGUUGGCGAGCAGCGGCCUUCAUUAUUGUUGUGGAAGUGGCGGAGAGGUUUGCUUACUAUGGAAUCAAUUCGAACCUCAUAAAUUAUCUGACGGGGCCCCUGGGGCAAUCCACGGUGACGGCGGCGGAGAACGUGAAUAUCUGGUCUGGAACGGCGUCGUUGCUUCCUCUGCUGGGUGCUUUUGUUGCCGAUUCUUUUCUCGGUCGUUACCGCACCAUCAUGCUAGCAUCCUUCAUCUACAUUCUGGCACUGGGCCUGUUGACUUUAUCAGCAGUGCUUCCUGUCAGCACUGUUGAUUGUCAAUUUGCUAAUAGUAGCACCUCUUGUUCUGAGAUCCAAGUAAUCUUAUUCUUCUUCUCUCUAUAUCUUGUUGCAUUUGCACAAGGUGGACACAAGCCUUGUGUACAGGCUUUUGGAGCUGAUCAAUUUGACAGGGAACACCCAGAAGAACUGAAGGCUAGAGGCUCCUUUUUUAACUGGUGGUAUUUUACUUUCUGUGCAGGUCUCUUAGUAACUAUUUCAGUAUUGAACUAUAUCCAGGAUAAUGUUGGUUGGGUUCUUGGAUUUGGAAUCCCUUGCAUUGUGAUGGUUAUUGCAUUGUUUGUAUUCUUUUGUGGAACUUGGACUUAUCGGUUUAGCAUCCAAGGAGAUGAAAAGAGCCCAUUUUUGAGAAUUGGUAAGGUGUUCAUUGUUGCCCUACGCAAUUGGGGAAUUACACCCUCAGCAAUAGCUAGUGAAGAGGAAGCUCGGGGUACUAUGCCUCACCAAGGCUCCAAACAGUUUAGGUUCCUUAACAAAGCACUAGUUGCCCCAGAUGGUUCCAGAAAAGAUGGUCAAGUUUGUGACGUUUAUGAGGUUGAAGAAGCAAAAGCAGUCCUUAGGCUUUUUCCAAUAUGGGCCACAAGUUUGAUUUAUGCUGUUGUGUUUGCUCAGUCUCCAACUUUCUUCACCAAGCAAGGGGUUACAUUGGACAGGAAAAUUUGGCCUGGGAUUUUCGUACCGGCUGCUUCCCUCCAAUCCUUCAUCAGUCUUUCCAUUGUACUGUUCAUUCCUAUCUAUGACCGCAUCGUUGUUCCUAUAGCCCGAGCUAUCACUAGAGAAUCCGCUGGCAUUUCCAUGCUACAGAGAAUUGGAAGUGGAAUGUUUCUUUCGACUAUUUCUAUUAUAGUAGCAGCCUUCGUUGAGAUGAAAAGACUCAAAAUGGCUCGAGACUAUGGGCUAGUUGAUAAGCCUGAAGUGACAAUUCCAAUGAGCAUCUGGUGGUUAAUUCCCCAGUAUGUCUUGUUUGGAAUUUCUGAUGGUUUCACAAUGGUUGGCUUGCAAGAGUUCUUCUAUGAUCAAGUCCCCGAUGAAUUAAGAAGUGUUGGCCUUGCCCUUUAUUUGAGCAUUUUUGGUGUAGGGAACUUUCUAAGUAGCUUUCUUGUCUCGUGCAUUGAAAAAGCGACAAGUGGCGAUUUGUAUGAUAGUUGGUUCUCUAGUAAUCUUAAUCGUGCUCAUCUUGAUUAUUUCUAUGCUCUCCUUGCUGUUCUUAGUAUCGUGGAGCUGUUUGCCUUCUUGUUCUUUUCUAGAUCGUAUGUUUACAGGCGAGCAAGCACCUAGAAGAAACCUGCAAUCUGAUCGAUGGCAAGCAAGCUUUGAAGCUACACAAAGACUUCCCUUUUGCUAAAGAAUUUGAUUAUUUGGACCAUUUUAUGAAGAAUUUUCUGACUGAAGUUUGUUGUAUAACAAGGCCAUCCUUUUGUUAGGUAAUUGUUGUAUAUGAUGUGUUUAGUGGUUCGCUAAGGUGAAGUAUUAACGUAGUUAUUAUAUUCACUCAUCAUCUUCUAUUUCCUGUAUAAAUCUUCAAGUAUUCUAAAUUCACUGGUGCUUUCCAAUU